AUGUCCUCUAAGCAACUGACCCCUGCACAAAUGAAAGCGCUGAGUCAUGAGGCCUGCUUCAACACCACAGACGCCGAUCCGGUCAAUCUCGUGGCCACGGUUGAGUCGAUUCUCAAACAAAACGGGGAAUCCGACGAAACAAAGCAGCUCAUUCGACAGCAGGUAACCUCCUUGGCGAUGGCGCACAAACCACGUGCAACCAUUACCAAGGCCGAGCAGAGUGCUCUCAAGACACUGAGGGCUGACACCAGCAUCGUGAUUCUACCAGCAGACAAAGGGCGCUCCACAGUUGUGAUGGAUAAGGCAGACUACAUUCAGAAAGCCAAUGCCCUACUGGAGGACCGACAGGCGUACCUACCAUGUAACGAUGAACCAAUGAGGAAGCUGGUGACGCAACUGGACAAGACCCUCGCCGACAUGCAAACUAGCAAGGCCAUAAAUAAAUCGGUACGACUGGUCAUUAAGCCAGUAGAGGCCGCCGCAGCAAGCUUUUAUGGACUGCCAAAGGCACACAAAGUCCGGCUCCCACUCCGGCUAAUCGUGUCAUUGAGCGGCGCACCUACAUUCAAUUUGGCUAAAUGGAUGUUCCGAAACCUGAGGUCUCUCACAUCGAACGCGAGCACGACGGUCUGUUCAGCGACUCAGUUCCUGCAGCGGAUCAAAGGGAUGAGACUUACCGAAGACGAGGUCGUGGUGUCAUUCGACGUCACUUCUCUUUUCACUUCGAUUCCGCAAGACCUGGCAGUCGAAACGGUCAGCGAGCUGCUCGAGAGUCAGUACGACGAGACGAGCGUGACGAUAAAACGGAAACAUCUAGUCCAAUUGCUGAGAUUCUGCCUGAAGACGUACUUUACCCUCGAAGGUACGACCUACGAGCAGGUCAAGGGGACGCCAAUGGGAUCAUCGCUCUCGGGCUUCAUCGCAGAGCAGUUCUCCAAAAAGUAG